AUGUCAUCAUCUAUUCAAUUGCUUAAUCCCAAGGCAGAGUCGUUCAGGCGUGCCCAGGCUCUCCAAGUCAACAUCAAUGCAGCGCAGGGUUUGCAACAAGUGUUGGCCUCGAAUCUAGGCCCCAAGGGAACUUUGAAAUUGCUUGUUGAUGGGUCCGGUGGAUUAAAGUUGACAAAGGAUGGCAAAGUCUUGUUGACUGAAAUGCAAAUCCAGCACCCUACUGCAGUUAUGAUUGCGCGAGCUGCUACUGCGCAGGACGAAAUCACUGGCGAUGGAACCACCACGGUGGUGCUCUUAGUUGGUGAGUUGUUGAAACAGGCUGAACGAUUCAUCAGCGAGGGUGUCCACCCAAGAGUCGUUGUUGAUGGCUUUGAAGUUGCCAGGGCGCAGAGUCUAAAGUAUUUGGAUGAAUUUAAGACGACAUUGGAAAGCUUUGAUCGGGAAUUUCUCUUACAGAUUGCUAGGAGCUCAUUGGUCACAAAGGUUACGCCCGACUUGGCCGAUGUCUUGACGCCUAUUGUCACCGAUGCCGUUUUGACCGUUAAAGAUGACGAGCUUGCACUCGACUUGCACAUGAUUGAAAUCAUGACCAUGCAGCACGGCGGUGCCAAGGAAACAGAGUUGAUUAAAGGGUUGGUCUUGGAUCAUGGCGCGCGUCAUCCCGAUAUGCCUCGAAAGGUGAAGAAUGCCCACAUUUUGAUUUUGAACGUAUCGCUAGAAUAUGAAAAAACCGAAGUCAACUCGGGUUUUUUCUAUUCGUCAGCUGAACAGCGUGAAAAAUUGGUUGCUUCCGAAAGAAAGUUUGUCGAUGAAAAAUUAAAGAAAAUUGUCGAUUUGAAGAACCAAGUUUGCGGAGAUGUGAAUUCAGACCAUGGCUUUGUCAUUAUAAACCAAAAGGGAAUCGACCCCAUGUCGUUGGACGUGUUGGCCAAGAAUGGCAUCUUGGCCUUGAGAAGGGCAAAGCGGAGAAACAUGGAGAGAUUACAAUUAAUCUGCGGAGGAGAAGCUCAAAACGCAGUAGAAGAUUUGACGCCGGAGAUUUUGGGUUUUGCCGGACUCGUUUACGAAAACAGCAUUGGCGAAGAUAAAUUCACUUAUGUUACCGAGUGUAAGGACGCCAAGUCGGCCACUAUACUAAUCAAAGGUUCGAACCAGCACGUUUUGCUGCAAACGAAAGAUGCAAUCAGGGACGGGUUGAGGUCCGUCGCCAACGUGAUUAGAGACAAGAGCGUUGUUCCCGGGGCGGGAGCGUUUUGGUUGAGCUGUAACAAUCACUUGCUCAGUGACAAGUCGAUACUAAAAGGCAAGAACAAGCCCGGCAUCAGAGCAUUUGCCGAGGCGUUGUUGGUGGUGCCAAAGACAUUAGCUGCCAAUGCUGGGUUGGACCAAUUGGAAACAAUAUCCACUUGUCAAGACGACAUUAACGACGGCCAUGUAGUUGGAGUUGAUUUGACCAGUGGCGAGCCCUUAGAUCCUGCAGUGGAGGGUAUUUGGGACUCAUUUAGAGUUAUCAGAAACGCAAUAAGUUCCGCCACGGGGAUCUCGUCCAAUUUGUUGCUUUGUGAUGAGUUACUCAAGGCUGGAAGGUCGUCAUUGAAGGAAGGCGCCGGUCCAGGUGGUUCCCCAGGAGGCGCUCCUCCCCCAGGCGGAGCUCCUCCGCAGGGAAUGAUGCCGCCAGGAAUGAUGUAA